AUGGCGAGCGAGGAGGCGGAGGCGCACAAGGAGAAGGGAAACGCCGCGUUCAAGGAGAAGAAAUUUGACGAGGCCGUGAAGCAUUACAACAAGGCCAUCAACCUGGACCCAAGCAACGCCGCGUACUACUCAAACCGCUCUGGCGCCUGGUCGUCCAAGGGCUCCCACGACAGUGCCCUCAACGACGCUGAGAAGUGCCUGCAGAUCGACCCUGGCUUCGUUAAGGGGUACUCCCGGAAGGGGAAGGCGCUUUUCGACAUGCAGCGGUGGGACGAGGCCGAGACCGCCUACCAGGAAGGCCUCGCCAAGGAUCCCAGCAACGCGGGCUGCAAACAGGGCGUGGCGGACGUUGGCAACGCCAAGCUCGCCCGGGAGGCGGCUGCCAGGUCUCGAUCACAGAGCAGCGGCGGUGGGAUCUUCGGGAACAUCAAGAACAUGGUGAGUCAGCCCUCCAAGCUGUUAAAGAGGGUGGGCAAGGGUGGAAGAUUGCAGAUGUAUAUCGUGGUGCUGGCAUCCUGGUACGGCUACCAGUAUUUCGUUGGAGGUCGCGGCAAAUCUGGCAAGACAGCCAAGGAGAAGGCUGCAGUGCAAGGCCACGAGGAGGCGGAGGAGGACGAGGAGCCGGUGCUGCAGGCCCACACCCCGCCGGACGCGGCCGCGGUCGCCAUGGAGCGCGGUUUCGUGGAGGCUGACGGCUCCUGGCUCGGCUUCGUGAGGGCUGAGGGCAGGAAACACAACCCGCUGCUCCUCCUGUUGCACCGCACUUCGCUGUCGGCGGAGACGGAGUACGGGCCGGCGUUCGCCAGGCUAGCCAAGGCUGGGCCCUCCGGAGGCCUCAGCGUCCUCGCACCCGACAGGCCCUGCCACGGCUACUCGCCCUGCCCGCCCGGCGGGGAGCCAAGGAACGCCACCGCUUGGCUCAACAAGCUCAUCGCCACCGCAAUUGACGCCUCGGUGCCGAGGAGCGUCGCGGUUGUCGCUGCUGGCCGAGAGGCAAGGCGUGGGGCAGGUGUGGCUCCUGAGCCCCCACGCCGCGGUGCCCCGGCGCAACGCGCGCGCGCCGCGCAGCGUGGCUGGGCUGGCCGAGUGGCUGCAGGGCCACCGGGCCGCCACAUCGGCGGCCGCGGCGGCUGA